AGGGAAUGCUGAGUAGAACUUCCUCUGCAUAGGUUUCCGUUAGCCUAGGCUUUACAGCAACAGUCUAGAAGUAGUCUAAAAAACGGCGAUAACGCAGAUACUGUUACAGUGUAAAGAUCUAGAUCUAGAAAUCUACAUCUCACACUAACAGUCGGCUAGAUAGUAUAACUAAAUCGGUCUGUUUUACUUUUUAAAAACCUAACUAAUAAGUGGACAGUUAUAGGAUCUAAUCUAGAUCUAGAUUCUAGAUCUAGAUUUAGCUAAUAGAUCUGGUAUUUAAAGACGAUUCAUUCUUCAUUUGUUUUUGAUUGUUUACACUUUUUUCUGUGACUUUACACGUUAAGUUUGCAUACACAGUAAUACUUAACGCUGUAAUUUUGUACACUUGUUCUAAAUUAACAAACAAAGUCAAAAAGGUAGAUCUAGACCCUAGAUCUAGAAAAUCUUUACCAUCUGCCCAGCGCAGCAUAAACUAAUAAAUAUAAGGACUUCACAAAGGAAACCAUGGUGGACGUCAUUGAAGGCUGUCAUCAGAGAACUUUGGUGUCUCUCUUGUUUACACUCAUUUUAACUUUAACAGCAGCUGCUGUCAAUGAUUACCAACACUCUGAAAAAAUUCUCCUAUCUGAUGUCAAAGUUUUAACAUUACAUCAAGGACGCAUGACUAACUCCAGGAGGUCUUCACCAGUUCCACAGCUGAAGUGUGUUGGUGGAUCAGCCCAGUACAAGUUCACCCCUAAAGUUGUCCAGUGCACCAACAGAGGCUCGGAUGGCUAUGAUAUUCAGUGGGAAUGUAAAUCAGAUAUGGACAACGCCUAUCGUUUUGGACAUGUUGAAGUAUCAUGCGAAGGCUAUGAUUACCCAAACGACCCUUUCAUUCUCAAGGGUUCUUGUGGGCUGGAAUUUACAAUUGAGCUGACUGAGGAAGGCAGACAGUUUAAAUCCUACAGCUACAACUACCAGUACAAGUCUGAAGGGGGGCCGAAUGGCCUCUUUGUAUUUGGCCUGAUACUUGUACUGAUGUAUGUCAUCUACAAGCUUUGUCUAGUGCCUAGUGUUCAGCCUGAGCUGCCACCACAACAGCCCCCACCCUAUGGCUUUAGACCAGAAUAUAUGCCAGGUCAAGAUUCUGCAGCACCCCCACCUUACAGCAGUACAGCUUACCCUGGCUACAAUUCUGGAGCCUCCUACCCCAAGCCUGGCUACAGCACAGAGCCAUCUGGUGGUGGGUUCUGGACAGGGGCCGCCACAGGUGGACUGCUGGGCUACUUCUUGGGGAACAGGGGAAAUAACCCAGGCUAUAACAGUGGAUGGGCCGCACCAAGAGGUGGCUUCUACUCGUCCGGUGGUUCCACAUCAUUUUCUGGAGGAGCACCAUCCUCGUCUGGUACAAGAACAGCUUCAGGAUUUGGUGGCACCAGCAGGAGGUAGAGGCUGGCCCACAGGAGUAGGGCUAGUGAUGGACUGAAAGAUACACAGGUGUUGGGCUAGUGAUGGACUGAAAGAUACACAGGUGUUGGGCUAGUGAUGGACUGAAAGAUACACACGAGUUUUGAAUGCUUGAGCAAUAUUUAUUUUACAAAUUUUUAAUUGAAUGAUCCCCAUGUUGUACUGUUGCCUCAUGAUUCUCCAUAUAUUGGCUCAUCCUACCAUAACAAAUACUGUACCUGGCAGGGUUAAUGGAAGUAGAAAUGGUCAAACCACUAGUUAAUGCUGUUGCUUUGGCCUUGUUGCAAUUUUUAAAACUGAGGGAUGCAGCUUUUGAAUGUAUUCAACAUUGGAUGUCCAAAUAAUUAAUAAUUAUGUAUGCUGAUUAAACAUUUGCAAACCUCUCAA